GACUUCGGCAUGCCUGGUAGAGGUAAGCUGUAGAUUUCAUGAAACAAAACAAGCGCUGCAUGACCCACUGUGUUGCAGAUAGAUGGUUUUGGCUGUUUCCUUGCACAGUGAAGCUUGUGACUUCCGUAGACUUGCUUUCCGUUGAUUUUUACCCGAUAGACAAUGGACGAUAGAUUGUCAAGCUAUUCUGGAUGCAAUUUGUGUGACAUGGAGCUAGAAGGGGAUGUAAACCCAGACACAGAUGACCUUCCACUUCGAGCCAAUACUAACCACAUACUUGUCAGACAUUAUGUCCUGGACUUGACUGUUCAUUUUGACAGGCAAGUAAUCAGUGGCAGUGUUGUUGUGUUCCUGGAUCCUUGCUCUGGAGAUGGUUCAAAGACUGAGGAUAACAGUAGAACUAGAGCUGACGAAAAAGCUGGGUUCAAAGAUGCUGAAGGAAGUCAGGAGUCAGGAGAAGUGGGCAGUUUCAGGAAUGUGGAUAUCAUGGAGGAUGGUACGAAAGCACUUGGGGGGGCAAUGACAAGGAUGGAGGAGAUGCCAGGUGCUGAACACCCAAGUGUUCUGUGGGAAACCAACUGUGAAGGGGAUUUCACCCUGGUUUUAGACUCCUGUGAUCUUGAUGUCUCAAAGGUGGAAGAGUUGGACAUCAACACAGUGUCAGCCAUGUCUGGCCUCUUACCAGAGGCCACAUCAGAGGAGUCUGGAGUCAGUUCCCUGAACCCACACUCAGCAUUUGUCUAUAAUCUUAUCUCCAUGCACUCUAGCCAAUGGAGGGAAAGACAUAAGCUCUUCUUGUUGUGCAGCCGAGCCCCUGCUGCUCAGGAUGGUGGCUCACUGCGUUUCCAUACAGACGGAUGGAGUCUGCAGGUGAGGAAGAAAGGUGUUGCUUCACCUCAGGAGUUCCCUCGUGCUCUCAGGAUCUGCUAUGAGACAAGGCCAACAGGAGGCUCUGUGAGGUGGACUAAAGACCAGAACAACAGGGUGUGUGUUUACACUGCCGGUUCUCCCAUCAACAACCGAGCCCUCUUCCCCUGCCAGGAGCCGCCUGUUGCCAUGUCAACAUGGCAGGCAACAGUACGGGCCCCCAGUGAGUGUGUGGUUUUGAUGAGUGGAGAGGAGCAGGCUGUACCUAUUGAGGACGAGGACACACGUUUCUCAAUCUGGAAUUACUACGUCACUAUGCCCAUGCCUGCCUCCACAUUCACUUUGGCUGUGGGCCACUGGUGCCAAGUCAAGGCAGAUAUUUCUUCCCCAUCUAUGGAAAGUGGGGUGAUGGACAGGGCUGGUUGCAGCAAGGCAGCCAAAACCAAGGCUCAAGAUGGGGGCUGGACUGAAGCUGAGUGUUUGUCUGGACUUGGAAGCUCCACCAGUGGAGUAGUAAAGGGCCCUCAACUCCAGACUGGCAGGGAUGAGGGGGUCUCUGAAUUGGAUUGUUCAGGCAUUGCAGAUGACGGCAUCUCUUGUUCCCAUGGUGACUACCCUUGCCGAUUUACUGAGCAGUUGGCGAGGUCCCAGUGGGUGAUCCCACACCGUGUGUUUGGCCCCGUCUGCUUGCUGCACAAUGCCCAGAUGGUCCUCAAGCUGUUGCCUCAAUGUUUGGCUGCAGCUUACGCGGUUCUCGGGGUCCACCCUUUUCCUCGCCUUGAUGUUCUUAUUGUCCCUGCAGGGUUCUCUAGUCUGGGCAUGGCCAGCCCACAUAUCAUCUUCCUGUCCCAGAGUGUGUUGGGCACUGGGAGUCCUGGAUCUGGAGAAAACAGCCUCUCACUGUGUGGGUCCAGGAUCUGCCAUGAGAUUGCUCACUCCUGGUUUGGUUUGGUUAUCGGAGCUCGAGACUGGACUGAGGAAUGGAUCAGCGAAGGCUUUGCCACAUACCUGGAGGACAUCAUCUGGGCCCAAGCACAAAAGCCCUCCUUACAAGAGACAGCAGAGCAGUCUGACCUGAAGGCACUGUUGAGGUGGAGGCGACUCACUGAUGAGCUGCAGAACUCAGAGGAGGCACUUCAAAUCCUCAGACCCAACACAGAGAACACUGGUCAGGUCAGUGAGUCUGGCGCCUCCAUAGUUAAACAUGCCCUAAACCCUGACAAAGCCUUCAUGCAAGUCCACUACCUCAAGGGUUACUUCCUUCUCAGGUUCCUGGCCAGUCAAGUGGGAGAGCAACAAUUCAUUAACUUUUUCCGAUUAUUUGUGAAGAAAUUCCACGGGCAGCUCAUUUUGUCUCAGGAUUUCCUACGAAUGCUGCUGAUUACCUUUCCCGACAUGGAGAGAAAAGGCCUCACCCUAAGUGCUAUUUAUGCUGAGUGGCUCGAUCAACCGGGAAUUCCUGAGUGGCUGUAUGAAAGGAGCGCCGAGUGGUCACAGGCGAGACUGGUGGAAGAAGUCAAAGCAGAGGUUGUAAAAUGGAUUCUCCUCAGUCAGAGUCAUCAGGGGAAGGGCAGAAAGCGGAAGAGAAUGGAGCCCAAGGUGAACUACAAAGAGGUGACGUCGGAGCAGCUUGUGAUGCUUUUGGAGCUUCUACUCGAGGAAGAGGAACUGAAAGUGGCGACAAUGCGCACUCUGCAGAGAACUUACAAUCUACAGAACCAGGACGCUGAGGUGCGACAUCGCUGGUGUGAGCUGGUGGUCAAACAUGUGUACACUCAGGCUUAUGGAGACGUGGAACACUUUCUGGUUCAUGAGCAGGCAAUGGGUGUGUAUCUGUACGGCGAGCUGAUGGUUCAGGAGAACUCUAAGCAGCAGGCUCUAGCCAGGCACUGCCUCUCAUUGGUGCAGGAAGAAAUGGACCAAUCAGCCCGCAGAGUGGUGGAGGAGAUGGUCUUGUGAUGUUGGAGGCUGCUGAUUGCUGACAGAAAUGACAGGAGCUUGGCUCACAGGCUGUACGAGGGUCCAGCACUAAGCUCCUCUUCCUCUGCAGAAGAGGGGACUUUGCAGAACACCAGAAGGAUGUGCUUUUACUCCACAUCCGAGGCCAACUGGCAAGUUUUAGAGCGGAGAUGUUCUGUUCAUUCAAGUCUGAAGAGGAACAUCUGAGAAGUCUGUUUGUGGUGUGAUACAAUGUUAUUGACUAGACUAUGUCUGUGAAAAAUCAUUCCAUCAUUUUACUUGUUUUCAAUAAUGUGUGAUGGAAAAGAAGGAUGUCAAGAGUAGUGACAGAGCACCUCCAUUCAAGCUUAAGAACCUGAGCUGCUGUGUUUAAGUUAGUUUCUGUUAGUCUGAAUGUGUGUGUGUGUGUGUGGGUGUGAGUUCAUGACUGUAUAGUCUGAAGUCAUGAUCUGUUUCUUAACAGUUUAGACUGGAAAUACUUCCAGGUGAGUCAUGUUUUCAUACAUUACAAAUGACCUCACUCCAGGCUGUAACAACACUGAAAAACCAGGGCUUUCUUUUUUUUUUUAAAGGAAAUUCUACUUUUUGUAACCUCUGUGUUAUUGUAGACUUCUGUUUGUAUGUUUGAUUGUAAUAAAAUUAUUUGAUAUGAUCAUGUUGAAUAAAAAUAUAGUUUUGUUAAAAAGAA